UGUAUUUGAUUCGCGUCCCGUUUACAUAUAAUUUAAAGGUUUUGAAACUAUACAGAAGCAAGCGUCUAGUCAUUCGUCGUAGUCUCGUUGUCGGUUGCGUCGUCGUUGCAGUAUGUCUGAGAAACCGACUGUUUUAAUUUUGGGCGGCUGCGGCUUUAUUGGACGCAACUUGGUGACUUACUUGCUGAAGAAUGAGCUGACACAGGAAAUACGCAUUGUUGAUAAGACGCCGCCGCAAAUGGCCUGGCUGAAUGAGCAACAAAGCAAGGCUUUCGCUAGUGAUAAAGUUGAGUUUUGCAGCGCGAAUUUAAUUAAUGCCGCCUCAUGCAAAUUGGCGUUUGCACCGCACCCAACAACGAAUCGGAGCUGGGAUGUGGUCAUCAACUGUGCAGCCGAGACGCGUUCCAAUCAAGAUGAUGCCGUCUACAAGGAGGGCAUCUACAAGCUGAGCAUCAACUGUGCCAAUGAGGCUGCCAGUCAGCCGACCAAGCGCUAUGUGGAGCUCAGCUCGGGCUGUGUGAACAGCAGCGAGAAGACGCCGCUAAAAGAAGACUGCAAGCUGGAGCCCUGGACGGGUGUGGCCAAACAAAAGCUGAAAGUGGAAAAGGAGCUGGCACACAUUAACAAUCUUAGUUAUACGGUGGUGCGCCUGCCUGUUGUUUACGGCAUUGGCGAUAAGCGCUACUUAAUGCCACGCAUUAUAAUAGCAGCCAUAUACAAAUAUCUCGGCGAGACAAUGAAACUACUGUGGAACGACGCCAUGCGCCUCAAUACGGUGCAUGUGAGCGACGUAUGUGCUGCGAUUUGGCAAUUAGCUGAAAGUCCAAAAACGGUUGGUCAGGUCUACAACAUUGUGGAUGACUCAGCGUCUACGCAGGGCAGCAUCAGCGAUUUGCUUGUGGAUAUUUUUGAAAUCAAUGUGGAAUACUUUGGCAUUGUUAUGUCCAAUCUGACUAAGCUCUAUCCAAGCGACACGGUGGGUGAAAUUAAUGAUAAGCACCUGGCGCCCUGGGCUGAGAUUUGUCAGCACAAUGGCAUUGACAAUACGCCGCUCACACCUUACCUAGACGAGGAACAGCUGCAUCAUAAGCAUCUCUAUCUGGACAAUACGAAACUAAAGGACUUUGGGUAUGUGCUACAGCAGCCAAAAGUAACGCGCGCCUUGCUUAUGGAAAUGAUUGAUGAUUAUGUGAAACAGCAGCUGUUUCCCAAAUCUUUGGCAAUCUAACUGAAGCUAUUGGACACGGAUCAAGCACCAAGUUAAUACGCACACAAACAUUAUUAGUUAAGUUGAAAGUUUUAAUAUUGCGAAUCAAUAAUGACCACAAAAUCUUCCAAUUUAUAACAGGUAUAUAUUAUCCUGUAAUUUGUAGCGUUUGCAAAAAAAGAAAGAAAGUGUACUUAUAGUAUUAUGUGUAGACCCAAUCAUUUUUUAUAUAACUAAAAACUAUAUCGUAGUAACCAUACAUUCCAAUCAAUUAUACAAUGUAUACGUAAUUUAAAGCUCGACUAACGAACUGAGCACCAUUUGAGACUAAAAUUAAUAUUGUGAUCAUUUUAGUGGCCAACGACAAUUGACAAUUUCAAUAAAAACAAAAAUUAAAAAUA